AAGCCCAAUACAUUUUAAACUCCAGUACGAGUAAUAGAUGCGACCACUAUGGUAUGUGCUGUGCUUUUCUAUGUGCUCGUAGUGUGGGCUCUUCUUUUCACAGCCAUGGGACUUCUUGGGGAUGUUGAACGAAGACUUAAAUACCGUAUAUUUCAUGAAUUGGCUGUUCACGCUCAUAACAAAAGUGUACACCCGGUUUCGGUUUCCCGAUUGGCGGAGGCAAAACGGCGGAUUAUUGCUGCCGAGAAAGAAACCGAAUUGAAGACCAUGGAACACAUUCAAAAGAACCUCUUGGAUAUCUGUGACUUGAUCAAAGAAGACCCAUGCGAUCUCAGGAGAGCCGAGACCUGUCCCUCUUGGAGGCCAGGGUGUUACAACCGUCCGACGUCACAUUGUCCCCCUUGGAAACCUGGAUGCAAUGUUCCCAUCCCGCCAAAAAUGUGCUGGUUCAAGCCAGGACAGCCUUGUCCGCACCCUUUAGGAGCUUAUUGCCAUGGAGGUGGUUGGUGUAAGCCAGGCAGCAAGUGCCCCGGUGACCCAUUACCAGAGGAAAAACCAGAGUCAACACAAACGGAUGGAAAUUCAGAUCUAUUAGCAGACAGUCUAAAAACGACUUAUCCGAUAACAACGUCUCCCAGAAUAACAACAUCUUCAACUACAACAACACCAACUACAACUAAAACAACACCAACUACAACAACACCAACUACAACAACACAAACUACAAGAACAUCAACUACAACAACUCCAACUACAACAACAGCAACUACAACACCAACGACAACAACAACAAAAACUACAACAACUCCAACUACAACUCCAACUUCAACACCAACUACAACAACUACAACAACAACAACACAAACUACAGGAACAUCUACUACAACAACUCCAACUACAACAACACCAACUACAACAACUCCAACUAUAACAACACCAACAACUACAACACCAACUACAACAACAACAACUACAACAACCACUUCAACGUCAAGAAUUCGAAGCACAACUUAUAAAAUAACAACGUAUUCUAGAACAUCAACAAUUCCGACUUCGAUAAGCCCAAGUACAACUUUACAAUCAGCAAAAACUUUUACAACAUCUUCAACAAUUCUAACUUCUUCAAUCACGACAUCUUCCAUGAAAAAAGAUAUACCAAGCACAUCAAUGUCAACUCUGAGUUCACAUUUUUCUUCGCCAAUUCAUACAAGUUCAUCAACUUCUUCUGGGCUUGGAAUAUGCGGAAGGCCAGGGGCUCCAGGUGGACCAAAUGGUCCAGGAGGUCCCAUGGGUCCGGGUGGCCCUGGUGGUCCAGGUGGACCUGGAGGUCCGGGGGGACCUGGCGGACCGGGCGGACCUGGCAUGCCUUGGGGUCCCGGAGGACCUGGAGGACCCGGUGGUCCAAAUGGACCUGGAGGCCCUGGUGGUCCCGGAGGACCUGGAGGUCCUGGUGGUCCAGGAGGACCUUGCGGCCCGGGAUGUGAAAAGGCGAGAAGGACAUCUCGGAAGCGAAAAUGUUGCUCAAAAGCUAAGCAUUGGGCCCCAAAACAUACACAUCAUCCCCAUGGAGACCCCAUCACCUUACCAAUUGGUCCACCUGAAAUAAAACAGUUUAGAAUGCGGCCAAUAGAGGCGGAUACAUUCAAGCUACGUGAUCAAUUAAAAAUAUCGAUUAUAAGCCCAAGAAGUAAUCUCCCAAUAUUCAGAAGUCAAUCCAAAAAAAAUUGCAUUGUUGCACAUAUUCUUAACUCUUUCAAUGAUGAAGAAAAUAAAAAGAAUGAAUAG